AUGUCGACCACGACGCUCACGUCCCACAAUGUUCCGCUCAACCUGCCGGAUGGACUCUCGCAGGAUCAACUCCUGGUCUUUAGGCCAUUCAAUAGCUGGAUCGCCACCUUGACCAACUCGCUGCGCCUCCAGUCCAACGCAGCUCACCCAUUCCACGCGGACCCGUACGCCCUGCGUGCCGUCACCAUCCAGUCCUACGACUACUUUGGCGGCGGCCGCCUCGGCUUCGUCAAGCUCGCGGCAACCGUCUCCAACUCGGCGGGCGAGUCGCUGCCCGCCAUUGCGCUCCUCCGCGGCCCGAGUGUCGCGAUGCUGGUGAUGCUCAUCCCCGACGAUGCGCCUCCCGACUCGGACGAGCGCUACGUGGUGUUGACCGUCCAGCCCCGCAUCGCGGCUGGCAGCCUUGGCUUUGUGGAGCUACCGGCUGGCAUGGUCGAUGACGAGGGAAGCUUCAAGGGCGUCGCCGCCAAGGAGAUCGAGGAGGAGCUGGGGCUCACCAUUCACGAGGACGAGCUUACCUGUCUUAGCGAACUUGCUGCCCCGCAAGAAGAGGCCGGCGGUGAGGGCCUGGCCAAGGCCAUGUUUCCCAGCGCGGGCGGCUGCGACGAGCACAUCACCAUCUUCAGCCAUGAGCGGCGAAUCCCACGGGACCAACUGCAGGAGUGGAGCGGGCGGCUGACGGGCCUGAGGUCGCACGGGGAGAAGAUUACUCUAAAGGUGGUUCCUAUGGAGGAUGCAUGGAAGGCGGGCGCUCGUGAUGCCAAGUGUCUCGCCGCCCUGGCCCUCUGGCAAGGUCUCCAGCAGGAGAAGAAGCUGCCAUCGCCCUAG